GCGGGGACGCGAGCUGGUGGGCGGGGUCGGCCGGAGCUCCGCAGCUGUGUGUGACAUCUGGAACCAGCGGGCUGCCCGGGCCCCCAGAGACGCCGACAUGGUGCGCGCGGGCGCUGUGGGGACGCAUCUCCCUGUGUCCUGCCUGGACAUAUUCGGGGAUCUGAGGAAGAUGAACAAGCGUCAGCUGUACUACCAGGUUUUAAACUUUGCCAUGAUUGUGUCUUCUGCCCUCAUGAUAUGGAAAGGCUUGAUCGUCCUCACAGGCAGUGAGAGCCCCAUCGUGGUGGUGUUGAGUGGCAGUAUGGAGCCAGCCUUUCACAGAGGAGACCUUCUGUUCCUCACAAACUUCCGGGAAGACCCCAUUAGAGCUGGUGAAAUUGUUGUUUUUAAAGUUGAAGGACGAGACAUUCCAAUAGUUCACAGAGUAAUCAAAGUUCAUGAAAAAGAUAAUGGAGACAUCAAAUUUCUGACUAAAGGAGAUAAUAAUGAAGUCGAUGACAGAGGCUUGUACAAAGAAGGCCAGAACUGGCUGGAAAAGAAAGAUGUGGUGGGAAGAGCACGAGGGUUUUUACCGUAUGUUGGUAUGGUCACCAUAAUAAUGAAUGACUAUCCCAAAUUCAAGUAUGCGCUUUUGGCUAUAAUGGGUGCAUAUGUGUUACUAAAACGUGAAUCCUAAUGUGAGAAGCUGUUCCUGGGACCAGACUGAAGUGAAUUCUGUUGAAAAGAGAAAAAGUAAUAUAUUUGAAAUGUUCCACUUUCUGUAUAAAAGGAAACUCUGUGGAGAUGUUUUUGUCUUGUCCAAAUAAAUGAUUCAUCAAUAAAGAU